AUGGUUGCUGUUGAUUAUAUGGUUGCUGUUGAUUAUAUGGUUGCUGUUGAUUAUAUGGUUGCUGUUGAUUAUAUGGUAGCUGUUGUUGUUGCUGCUGUUGCUGUUGAUUAUAUGGUGGGUAUGGUUGCUGCUGCUGCGGUUGAUUAUAUGGUGGGUAUGGCUGCUGCUGUUGAUUAUAUGGUGGGUAUGGCUGCUGCUGUUGCUGAUUAUAUGGUGGGUAUGGCUGUUGUUGUUGUUGAUUAUAUGGUGGGUAUGGCUGCUGUUGUUGUUGACUAUAUGGUGGGUAUGGUUGUUGUUGAUGUUGACCAUGUUGCGGAUAUGGCUGUUGUUGUUGACUAUAUAACUGUUGUUGUUGGCAAAAUUGAGGAUGUUGUGGCUGGAAUGAAAUAUUUUGAUAAUGCUGAGGAAAUUGGCCAGGUGGUGUAG